AUGCUCCGGAAGGAUUUUGUCAUAACGACAAAGGAGGUACAAGAGCCUCACGGUAAUAAAACGAUAUAUGUACUUUCCAAUCUCUACUCCUCGUCUGCAGAGGAUUUCCCUGCAAAGAUCAAGUUAAAAGAGGGCCAGCCGAUUACAGAUGAGCAGAUUAGCCAGGGCCUCUUUGUCUUCAAUGUAACUGUGUUCACGCUCUCCAAAACAAUAAUCCACCAGCACACAUAUAAGCUAUUUGCGUCUGAAAUCACUUUGCCCGAUGAAGUCCCCAGGGAGCUUCAAGCAAUAUUUGGGACAAGCAUGGUCGGAGAAGGGUCUAUCACGUAUAUACCAAACCCUGUGACAUGGAGUCUUCCUGCCAUACGCGUAUUCUGUGAGCUUGAGGAUAUAAUUAUGCCUCCAGAACGCAAUCAUCAAGCCGAUAUAAAUAAGCUUCUCUAUCUGAAGACAGGAAAGAGUCCUUCAAGCAAGCCAACUACCUCGAUAAAUUUGGACACAGUGCAGCUAUUCCUUGAAGAAAGCGUUCAGAUACGCGCUUCCCUGAAAGCAGAGUUGACGGACAUCACGGUAGCGCCUUCCUUAACCGAGACUCCUGGUGACAACGAGUCUGGAUCGCUCGACAAAGUGAGAGAAGAAGCUCGCGUCGCCCGCCGCAGAAUCCUCAAGCAAUACAAUCGACUCAUCUACGAUGGCACAGCAUUCCUUAAACCCUUCCGUCAGUGGCUACAUCCAGUGUUUUUGGACAAGAACUGCUUCGUUCCCCUCCAGAUUAUCGUCUACAAAUAUCUAAUUAGCAAGGUCAUCCAGGAGCAAGGCGAUCAUUCAGAGCAGGAUUGCAUUGUCGCUUUGCGCUCGAAGAUGCUCUCACUGAAUUUGCAGCUGGAUGAAGAAGCAGAAAUGGAAGUUGAAGCACAACUAUCUGGUUUUGUCCUUUUCGUUAGGCUGUCAGCGGAGUUGGCCACGUUAUAUCUCAAUACUAGCAUAGUGUCUGAUUUGGUUGAUCUUUCUAACGAAGAAAGCCCCAAAAAAUCGCGUCCCCUUGAAAUAGCGAUCUGCAUAUGCAAACCCUUCACCAAAGCGUGGCUCAAGCUCGCCAAGUAUCACAGGCGUGUCGGCAACAUCUCCAAAUCAUUGAGCGUAAUAUCUUCUUGUGUAAGCCUUCUAGAGACCUAUGAUCAUGAGCAGAAUGCUUUGAAGCGAAAGGUGCUUUUAGAACAUAGGUCAAUUAUCCAGCAACUAUCAGAGACUGCUCCUCCCCCACUCAGCUUACCACGAGAAGAAGUGACCCCGGCAUAA